AUGUCGGCCAACCGCGAGCAUCGUAUUGCUGGCGCUGUCGACAGCCUGAUCGCACACCUGGUACCUAACGAUCCCCACGAAGACGACGCUGCUGCCCAGGAAAGGCAUGACAACUGCUUUGACCUGGUCAAAUCAAUCUUGGACGGCCCCGCGUCCCCCGCCAUUUCCUCCGAUGUUAACCACGCUUCCGACCUGAUCAAGCGAAAGCUCAUACAGAGCAACCCAAGCCAAGCCUUACGAUUUUCUAACCUCUACACGCGCCUCCUCUCUCUACCGGUGCUCGGUCAGAAGUGGGCUAUCUUAUACCUCCUCUACCAGCUUGCCGACUCUCCAGAUCCAAAUGAGCCACUACCCCUCCCCCCGCCGAAGCCUCCUUCCCAGGCGCCGCGCGAGCCGUCCAGAAACCAUGAAAGGGGUCAGUCUAUGACCUCUACGCCAAUCUCAAGAGAAGAAGAACAGUUCAACGACGCCUUCGCUCCUGAGGGCCUGAAGAAGUUUCCUCCGAACAAUGCCAGAAAGAAGUCGGUUGACGAAAGAAAACCCGAGGAAAAAGAAAAGGAGAAGGAAACGGAAACGGAAGAGGCCGAGUCGAACAAGAGACAGGUGGCAUUAAAGUCAACACUGCUGGCCGACAACUAUACCGACAUCGAACCAUCAGAAACAGUCCUGUUGAGGGACCUCCCAUUCACACUCCAAGGUCUAUCAUCCACUACGCUCCCACUUUCAAAACCAGAUACCGUGGUAUUGCCCCCGACACUACCAUCGCCAAUUAUAUCCCUUCUGCACACGGUUUCCGAGCCUUCGUUGCUGUACCGACGCCUGGAAGCCUUUGUAAAGUCACCUGCUCAAGGGCUGCUUCGACAGAGUCUUCGAGCCGCAGUAGGCGGUGAGCUGCGGGCAUAUCUGAGCCUCGUAGCAACCCUCGAGGGACAAAUUCGCAGAGCCCUUUCUUCACUGGACGAGUCAGCGCCAAGAGGGGGUAUUGGCAAAGCGGGAGUGACCUUGAAACGAUGCGUAGUAUGGACGCGCGAGGCGACAAUGGGGCUGAGACUCAUGAGUCUCAUUGCUGAAGAGUCAGAAAGCAGGCGAGGCGGUCAGCUGAUCUCGCUCAUACAUGGCUUUUCGUCAUCACAUGGAGAUCCCAUGGUUGCGGCAUUUGCCGAACGUCUUUUGGUUCAUGUCACACGCCCGUUCUAUGACAUCUUGCGCCGGUGGAUCUAUGACGGCGAGCUUCUCGACCCCUAUUGCGAGUUCUUCGUCAAGGAGCAGCAGCAAACAGAUGAACCAAAGACUGGCGGAAGCAGUGUCUGGGAGGACAAGUACGAGAUUGAUAAGGGCAUGAUUCCUAGUAUCAUCACUCAAGACUUCGCACAGAAAGUCUUCCUCAUUGGCAAGUCUCUCAACUUCAUCAGACACAGCUGCGGCGAUUCACAAUGGGUCGAAGACUACUCCAAGGCUGCGUCGAAGGAGCUGCGCUAUGGCGACACAGCGACACUCGAGGCUUGGAUCGACGAAGCCUAUAAGACUACGAUGAAGCGUUUGAUUGACUUGAUGGCGAACAAGUUCCAUCUUUUCGAGCACCUACAGGCUCUCAAGAACUACAUCCUCCUUGGACAAGGAGAUUUCAUUGCCCUCCUCAUGGAGUCCCUGGCCGCUAAUCUAGACCGCCCUGCUGGCGCACAAUACCGUCAUACACUCACGGCCCAGCUCGAGCAUGCUAUCCGCGGCUCCAACGCCCAAUAUGACUCACCUGAAGUCUUGCGUCGUCUUGACGCUCGUAUGCUUCAGCUGUCACACGGUGACAUUGGAUGGGAUUGCUUUACUCUCGAAUACAAAGUUGAUGCGCCUGUCGACGUCGUUGUCACCGACUGGGGUAACCGCCAGUAUCUCAAGGUCUUCAACUUUCUCUGGCGCAUCAAGCGUGUCGAGUUUGCUCUGGCUUCCACGUGGCGCAAGUGCAUGACAGGCUCUCGCGGCGUGCUCCAGAACUCCGACCCUGUCGUGGUCCAGACAUGGAAGUCGACACGGGGCGUUCUCGCAGAAAUGAUUCACUUCAUUGGCCAGCUGCAAUACUACAUCCUUUUUGAGGUUAUCGAAUCAUCCUGGAACGAGCUCCAGAAGCGCAUUCACCGCGAAGGGUGCACUCUCGACGAUCUCAUCAAGGCACACACACGAUACCUAAACGAUAUCACACACAAAGGCCUUCUCGGCGCUCGGCGCAGCGUUCGUCACGUCGAAACAGCUACCGGGGAAGAUGACCGCGGCUCGUACCUAGCACAGCUAGGCGACCUCCUACGCGCCAUGCUCAGCUACCGUGACUCCGUCGAUGGUCUCUACAGCUGGAGCGUUUCCGACUUUACACGGCGUCAAGAGGCCGAUGUCAUGCGCAUCUCGACCCGAGCUCCUCGACACCAAAAGAAGGCAUCGACGCCUGGCCCCGACGGUGAUGAUGACAACCACGCCGUCGCGUCCGAGUUCCCGGUGCUUCAGGAACGUCUUCGCCAUCUCGGUUCUUCGUUCCGCUCCCGUCUGCAGAUCCUCCUCGGUGACCUUGCCUACCAGCCCGACGUCGACAUGCGUUUCCUCGGAGUCGCGAUGAACUUCAACGACGUCUACCAACCAUCAAGGAGGAAGACCAAGACAACGUCAACUGCCUCGGCGAAUACAUCCAGGGCGUGA